UUGGAGACUUUUUCAGUCAUUCUGGCUCAGCUGUUGGGUUUCAGCCUGGGGAUGGAAUACGAGGACAGCAAAGACUGCAAGUGCCCCGGUCACAUCUGUGUAAUGCACACAAAUGCAGUUAAUUUCAGUGGAAUUAAAAAAUUCAGCAGCUGCAGUGUUGUGGACUUCCAAAAUUUCAUUAAGUUCAAAAGCGCCCCUUGCCUUUCUAAUCGGCCAAAUUUGAAAUUGUACUCUCAGAAGAAAUUGUCCAAAGGGAAACCGGCUUGUGGGAAUGGUGUUUUGGAACCUGGUGAGAAAUGCGAUUGUGGCAGUGUUGAGCAUUGUAAAAGGAGUAAAUGUUGUACCAGCAGUUGCACGUUUCAGCGGGGAGCCUUGUGCAGUAAUGAAUUAUGCUGUGAAAAUUGCAAGUUUAAGCCAAGAAACACAAUAUGUAGACGAGCAUUAGACAAGCACUGCGACUUUCCUGAGUACUGCAAUGGGAGUUCGGCUAGUUGCCCGGCCAAUGUUUACGUUCAAAACGGGGUCAGUUGUGCCUCUAACACCGGCUUCUGUUACGGUGGAUCCUGUCAAUCAGCUGACUUGCAUUGCCAGGAGUUCUUUGGAUCACGGUCAAGAAACGCUCCGCAAGUAUGUUACGAAGCAGUGAACAGCCAGGCUGAUAGAUUUGGGCACUGCGGCUUUGAUCUCAAAAGGAAAUUUAAGACUUGCUCUUUUCGGGAUAUCAGAUGUGGAAAGUUAAUUUGCACAUAUCCCUACGACGCUCCUUUUACUAAAAUUAAUGUUCCCGUCUUGUAUAUACCGGUGAAGAAUGUUGUCUGUGUGUCAUUGGACCUUAAACAUCGAGAAGGUACACCCGACCCUAUGUUGGUGAAAGACGGUACAAAAUGUGGACUUGGUAAGAUUUGCUUCAGACAAAAAUGCGAAAGCUAUGACAUUCUGAGUUACGACUGUGAUUCUGCAAAAAAAUGCUCAGGACACGGGGUAUGUAACAACAACAAAAAUUGCCACUGCGACCCAGGCUGGGCUCCUCCAGACUGCAGUAUAAAAGGAAGUCCUAUGGGAGGAAGUAUUGACAGCGGGCUUCGCUAUCUGGAUUUAGGUCUUAUUCUAGAUCAGAAGAGAGUAGCACAUCGGAAAAAACAAGCUAAACCGGACCUGAUGUGA